CGAAGAACUAACCAAGCGAGCCAUACAUGUCCACAUCCAAACUGCAACAAGAGCUUCACUCGUCCCUUCAAUUUGAGGGCCCAUAUGCGUGUUCACACUGCUGAACGCCCUUAUAAGUGCGACACUUGUGCAUUGGCUUUCUCACGCUUGCAUGAUCGCAACCGCCACGCAAAGCUUCAUACAGGUAUUAAACCUUUCGAGUGCCAGUACUGUCACCACCAGUUUAUUCGACCUGAUGCAUUGCGCAGACAC